AUUAGAAGCAGUUUUUAGAAAUCAUGCGUGAAAUAAUUUAGUUAAAAAGUAGAUUCAGAUAUCUCUUCCACAUUUUUCAUAUCGUUAUGAUCGAUAUCAAACGAUACAAUUAAAAGGGAAAAUCUGUCUCAUGGGAGGGAAAUAUUUUCCGCCUGCUAAUAAAGGGAUAAUUCUAGUUUCGUAUUCUUGUUUUGAAAUUUUCUUUUUCGUGGAAACAGCUGUUUAUGGUUUUGCUUAGUAAUAUCUAUUAUUAACUCUUGUGUUUUAAGUAUAUAUUUUUCUCAGAGAAAUUAACAUUUCUAUUUAUUCUACAAUUUUAUUAAAAAUCUGGGCAGAAAUUUAUACGCAGAUGACUAGUAGCAUUUCUAAAAAAAUUCACUCCCGCCGGCGCUUAGCUGCACUUACUUUUCUGUCUAAUAUUUCACUUGAUGGUACUCACCGUGAUACAAAUUUAGGUAACUUUACCUUUCAUCUAAAAGUUACUAAAUCUGCAAAUGUAUGUCCCUUACCUGUUGAUCAUUUAGAAUCUUCAAAAAAUAUCCGAUCCUCUCCCAAAAGUGUUACAAUCGAAACAGAACCUCAAAUAGCUCCUGAAAAAGUAAGAGACCCUGACUCUGCGAGAUCGUCUAUUUCUUUUAAAAGCGAUAAAAUCAUCAAAAGGAGAAAUUCUGAAUGUAAACAUCAUGAAUUUGUUGACCAGUUUGAAGAUAUACUCUAUGUAAAAAACAGAGUUCGAGUUCACAAAUUUGUUUGCGAUGCAAAAGCACGACUGUGUAAUUUAAGUCAAAAAAGAAGGUUAUCUCAUCAAAAGUCUAUAGAAUCAUAUGGUUUACCAUCAGCUAACAGUACUGAAAGUCUAACUGUUUCUGGUAGUUACCGAAUCAGAAAACCCUCCCUAUGUCCAUCAGAAUGUUCGUUUCCGUCUGCUGCUGAGAUUAGGUUUAUUAAAAGCUUAAAGGAUCACAAAAAUGAUUCAGAGAGAAUGGUAUUAAUAAGUGAAAAGAAAUCUCCAUUCGCUUUGUUUUCUGUUGUUGCAUUUAGUAAAUCUCAAGGAUCCUCUAGAAUCGACAUAAAAAUAGAUGGCAGCCGAAGGAGACAUGCAACCAGUAUGCGUCAGCUUGCAGCAAUCAGUGAUGGACCAGACCCACUUGAUAUACUCUCUCUGAUUGGUGUUGAAAAACCAUUAGAAGGGCAGGAUAUAUCAUAUGGGGAUUUGUUAGCCCCAUCCCUAUUGAACAAGAAAUCUAGAAUACCAGACAACUGUCUAGAAACUGAUAUAAGUUUGCGAUUUCCGUAUCUGAUGCAUACAAGUUUGCAUACAAUGGAUGCCCCUAUCCCGCGAAUAAGUCCAAAAUUUUCUACUACUCCUCCGAUAGCAUCCGACAAAUUUUUAGAGAGGGAAUGUCAUCCAUGGAUAUCUUACCAUUCAGCUAUUUAUCAUCCCAAUCUGUUAGAUGAUCCAGAACUCAUUGCUGGAAAGCAUAGCACUCUUUUAAAUUUUCCUUCUUACAUAACUUCUGUUAUUGAUUAUGUAAAGCCUUCAGAUUUAAAAAAAGACUUGAAUGACAGAUUCAAAGAACGAUUUCCUCAAGUUCAGUUAACUCUAAGCAAGUUAAGAAGUUUGAAACGAGAGAUGUACAAGAUUGCUCGGCAUGAGUGCAAUAUUGAUCUUUCUGUGGUGGCUCAAGCUUUUGUGUAUUUUGAAAAACUCAUAUUAAAAAUUUUAGUGAAUAAACAAAACAGAAAACAUUGUGCUGGUGCUUGUCUCUUGUUAUCAGCUAAAUUGAAUGAUGUGAGAGGGAUAGAUUUGCAAACUUUGUUGGAGAAAAUAGAAACAGUAUUUCGCAUAAACCGAAAAGAUUUGAUGGCUUUGGAAUUUGGAGUCUUGGUUGCCUUGGAAUUUUCUUUGCUUCUGAAUACAUCAGAGAUACUACCACACUACCAAAGGCUUAUCUAUGAGUCUUAAAGAAUUUUUAAUUACGAUUUUCACUCAUUAGAAUGAACAAGAUUCGAUUUUUUUUCCUUCUCACAUCUUUCUAAUAUUCAAGAAAGUUACUAGGUAUGCAACAAUUAAUGCACCAGUUAAGUAACUAGAAUGUUUGAAGAAUUUUUCACAAUGUUAAUUGUUUACAUUGGGUUUGAUUUAUUGUGAAUAAGUUAUGUGAGUGGUUUAAACUUGAUUCUUUAAUUAAGAUGUAUUUUUCAGGUAAAUAAUAUAUUCUCAACACUUACUCUCGAUUGUCCCCUGAAAUAAAUACAUGAAGAAAUAUAAUAUUGCUUUAUGUAUAGGCUUAAUUCAGUCACUUGAAAAAUAAGUCUUGGAUAUAAAAACUAAUAUAUUGUCAUAAUUGAGUAGUAAACCCGUUCAUCUGAACUAUUUGAAUAAUUAAGAUUCAAAAGUUAACUAUUAAGCUUUUGACUACAAUAGCUUUGUAAAUGUAUAAAAUAUUUUUUAUGAAGUAUAAAAUAACAAUCUGUAUUAUUAAAUUGAAAAAUAUACAUCAUACAUUUAAGAUUAUAUUGAGUAUAAUAUAACAUGAAGUAUAAAUUAAUAAUCUGUAAAAUUAUAUUGUUCAUUUAGACCUAAAAUUUCUAAAGUAUAAUAUAACAUAAGUUUAAAAAAAAAAAAAAAUUUUUUUUUUUGAACUAAUGGGUGAUAAAUGCAUAUUUCAGAGAAAAAUUAUAUUUGUAUAAACCUUAAAUUUUUUAAAACAAUAUUAAAAAUUUGAAUGGAGUUCAGAAAUAAAGCAGGAUCGAUAUUAUGUGAUUGUUUCAAUAAGUUAGCAGGCAAAUUAGUCAAAAUGAUUUCUUUUAUAUAUAACAUAUUGAAUGACGCAUUAUUUACAAUUUAAUAAAGAAAGAACUUUUGACUGGGUUCUUUAAAUAAUCAUGUCGCUUAAUAUUUAUUUUAACCUGUAAUUUUAAAGAAACAAUUACCUACAUACAACUACAACUGUACUUUAACAAAAAAAUCGUGAAAAGUUAAAGCUGUGAUAUUAUAAAUAACUAAUUUUUUAUAAUUAGUUACAUUUUCUUUAUGUUUCCCUUCUUGGUGUAUAUGGAUAGUGAUCUAUCUUUGUACAUAAAAAAAAGUAGAAAUAAUUAUUUCUAAAGAAUACGUAAAAUAAAAAAUUUGAUUGAUAAAUAUUCAUAUUUAUUCUAAACUUUAAAAAGUACAAAAUUUUUAUAUUUCUUAAAACCUCUUCAUAUUAUCUGAACUUUAUCUGGUAUGUACUUAAAAAUUUAUACUGUGUAUUUUACUGUCAUCGCUAUUGUAAAAAGGGAAAUUUUUAAAGAGAAAAAUAUAUUGUAUUGUAUUAUUAUUUAUUUUUUGUUAUUAGGUAUUUUUGUGAAAUUAGAUUUCUCUCAACAGCAAAUAGUGUGAUAAACGUUAUAAAUUUUUUAUUUACUAAAUUUUUAUAAAACACAAAGUUUAGAAAAAAAACAUUCUUUUUUUUACUACACUUAUCAAAUUAUAUCUUUUCGAAAUAGUAAUUUGACACUAAAAAUUAUUUUUAAAUUUAUAUUUUUCUAUUGUUAAACAUUUAUUCAAUUAUAAUAAAAAAAAGUUUAAUUUUUUACCUAUUCAACAAUACCUUUUAACUAAAAUUGAACCAACUUAAAUAUUUUCACACCUGUUAAAAUUCUGUCACAGUUUUUGCAUUCUGGAAAUUAAAAGAAAAGGAAUUUUAAAAUUAUAUCUGUGUAUGUUCUACUAAAUGUUAUAAUAAGAUCUGAUAUUUAUAUAUAUAAUACUAUGUGAUAAUUGUUAUUAAUCUGUGUUGAUGUUAAAACUUAAGUUGAAAGAAAAAUACAUUUUCUAGUCAAGAAAUUUAAUGUAAUCAGAAAACAAUUUUUGUGUUUCUGCUUAAUGUGAUAACUUUUAACCCUAUUUAUGUGAUAUACUUUAUACAAACUUAAAGUUGACAUGUUAAAAUUUGACUCCUAUUAAAUGUUUUAUGUACACUA